UUCAUUUUAAUUCCUCAUUUCCCUUUGAUGAAAAGUUUAGUGAAUUUUUAUUAUGUAGAAUUUAUAAGACGGCCGGGUUUAGGUAAUCAGCUUUAAUAUUUAUACUCUUAGGGAGAGAAAUAGGAAUCAUUAGUAAGCAUGCAUAAUUAAUGAAUAAAUUAUAUUUCCCUUUGUUUUCUUCCAGGUACAAGGAAAUGCUAGAACUGGUGAUCUCACCCAGCCUCACCGUAAACCGCGAUCGUCCGGGUAAAGCGAAGCUUAACCGUGCGGAUACCGAUGUCUGGACUCUGAGUGACGUAGAAGGCACCAUCACAUCAGCCUCCCCGAGUGUGUCUCAGCUCUUCACAAGACCUUGCCCACACGUCCUGCCCAGCCAGCCCGCCACGGCCAUGGCAGCCUACGGCCAGACACAGUACAGUGCAGGGAUCCAGCAGGCUGCCCCCUACACCACCUAUCCACCCCCAGCACAAGCCUACGGAAUCCCUUCUUACAGCAUCAAGACAGAAGACAGCUUGAACCAUUCCCCCAGCCAGAGUGGAUUCCUCAGCUAUGGCUCCAGCUUCAGCACCCCACCCACUGGACAGAGCCCGUACACCUACCAGAUGCACGGCACGGCGGGGAUCUACCAAGGAGCAAAUGGCCUGACCAAUGCAGCCGGAUUCGGAAGUGUGCACCAGGACUAUCCUUCCUAUCCUGGCUUCCCCCAGAGCCAGUAUUCCCAGUAUUACAGCUCGUCCUACAGCCCUCCUUACGUCCCGGCCAGCAGCAUCUGCCCUUCUCCCCUCUCCACUUCCACCUACGUCCUCCAGGAGGCAUCUCACAGCGUCCCCAGCCAGAGUUCUGAGUUGCUUGGCGGUGAAUAUAACACACACAACGGACCCUCCACGCCGGCGAAAGAGGGAGACGUGGACCGGCCGCCCCGGGCCUCCGACGGGAAGCUCCGAGGCCGCUCCAAGCGGAGCAGCGACCCCUCCCCAUCAGGGGACAGUGAGAUCGAGCGUGUGUUCGUGUGGGAUUUGGAUGAGACGAUAAUUAUUUUUCACUCCUUACUCACCGGGACUUUCGCGUCCAGAUAUGGAAAGGACACCACGACGUCGGUGCGCAUCGGCCUGAUGAUGGAAGAAAUGAUCUUCAACCUUGCAGAUACGCAUCUGUUCUUCAACGACCUGGAGGAUUGUGACCAGAUCCACGUUGACGACGUCUCAUCUGAUGACAACGGGCAAGACCUGAGCACGUACAACUUCUCGGCCGACGGCUUCCACAGCUCAGCCCCGGGAGCCAACAUGUGCCUGGGCUCCGGCGUCCACGGCGGCGUGGACUGGAUGAGGAAGCUGGCCUUCCGCUAUCGGCGGGUGAAGGAGAUGUACAACACCUACAAGAACAACGUCGGUGGUUUGAUAGGAGCUCCCAAAAGAGAGACUUGGCUACAGCUCCGAGCCGAGCUGGAAGCCUUGACCGACCUCUGGCUGACCCACUCUCUGAAGGCGCUUAACCUCAUCAAUUCCCGGCCCAACUGUGUCAACGUACUGGUCACUACCACGCAACUAAUCCCUGCCUUAGCCAAAGUCCUGCUGUAUGGACUGGGCUCCGUGUUUCCUAUUGAGAACAUCUACAGUGCAACCAAGACAGGGAAGGAGAGCUGUUUUGAGAGGAUAAUGCAGCGAUUUGGCAGAAAAGCCGUCUACAUUGUCAUCGGUGAUGGCGUGGAAGAGGAGCAGGGGGCGAAGAAGCACAACAUGCCCUUCUGGCGGAUAUCCUGCCACGCGGACCUGGAGGCGCUGCGGCACGCCCUGGAGCUGGAGUAUUUAUAGCGGAGCCGCGGCCUCGCCACCUGCCAUCGCGGGCGCAUCCCACGCACCCACCCAAGCCCUCGCCG